AUGUCCGGCCACAAGUUCACAGAACUCAUUGGUCAGGACUCAUCCAGCAUUCAGGCUGGCGACAGAUAUGCGAACAACUACAUCAAUAGUAGUGGGCCUGUAGUAUUACUAAACAAUGAGACGCAGACUUUCGAGCAAGUGCAACAGCUAACGCAGCAGCUGCGCGAGCUUCGAGCAGAACUCAUCUGCCCUCCAGUCGCCAACCAGACGCCUCUCAGCCAUGGCGCAGGCAGCAAGGAUGCUAUUGAGAAGAACUUAAAUCAAGAGUUGCAUGUCUACAAGCCUGAAAUUGAUGUCACAAAGGCAAAUCCGAACGUUCUUCAGAGCUUGAGCGCACACUCCGACGUGCCUACGCAGCAGAUAUCGAAGGCGGCUCCCGUGUUCCUCGUACCUUAUUCCCGCAACACUCGUUUCAUUGACAGACCAGCGGAGUCAGCUGCGCUUUCGGAGUACUUUUUCGUAAAUAACCUUACUGAGGGCGCUACGAAAGGUGAGCUGCAGCGACAGCGACGAGUAGCAUUAUAUGGUCUUGGUGGUGCUGGCAAGACGCAGCUUGCAAUAUACUUCGCAUAUAUCUAUCGAAGCUAUUAUGCAGAUCAUUCUGUUUUCUGGGUCCAUGCUAGCACAGAAGAGUGGCUCCGGCAGAGUUUCCAAUCAAUUGCGAGCGAAUGCGGUAUCGAUGUCAAUCAGAAAGGUGCAUCAAACGUUUUCACCACUGUCGGAGCAUGGCUUAAGAAGAGCUCUGGCCCUUGGCUGAUGAUACUGGACAAUGCUGACGAUGCUGACGUGCUAUUUUGCAAACGUAGAAGGCUUGCUGAUAUGCUCGCAGAAUGCGCUCAUGGUAGCAUUAUUGCAACAACACGGAAUAAACGGGUGGCAGAGAAGGUUACCAUGUAUGGAACUACCAUCGCUGUGAACCAAAUGUCCGAAAGUCAAUCCGUUCAACUAAUGAACUCGUUUCUAGCUACCGAUCAGCAAUACAACAGAAGGAACUCACACAACUACAACAACAUCGACAUCAAGAGUUUAGCCCAGUCGCUCGGGUACCUGCCACUGGCUCUAGCUCAAGCAGCAGCCUACAUCCGCGAGAACUCAAUCUCACCAAGCGACUACUUAAAGAUGUGGACAACAAGUACAGAAAAUGCUCAAACUCUCCUCAAUACCGAAUUCGAAGCAGACGGGCGGCAAUACUAUGACACAGAUGUGCCAAACGCAGUUGGCACCACAAUGAUGCUUUCUUUAGAUUAUUUGCGAGAACGUAAACCUCGAGCUGGAGAGAUUCUGGUGUUACUUUCUUUCUUGCAUUACACAAAUAUUGACCCGGCCAUGCUUCUGCUACCCUGGGAGACUAUCUCGGAUCCCUCCUUCAUCGAGGCACUAGGCGAUUUGCAAGCAUUUUCUUUGCUGGAGAAGGGCGCAGAUAACUCGACAUAUACCAUGCACAGGCUUCUGCACCACGUCACUUGUCGUUGGAGGACGUUGCGCCUCAGCUUUGAGCAACUCCGGAAAGCAGUCACCGUUGCUCUGAAGCAAUUGGCGCGGUGUUCCUCAUUCAGAAGUGGCAAAACUGAUCGUGGAAUGUCGGAUCUACAGUUACCACAUCUUCUCCGCUUCUUUCAAGAAGAAUCCCGCUUGGGAAUUGCUUCCGAAGCUCUUGAGAAGGUGCACUUGAUGCGCAGGGUGGCAGAGCACUUACUGUACCAAGGUCGUGUGCUCGAAUCGACUGAGAUGCGCGCCAGUAUUCUGCAGCUCACCGAAACCUUUAGCGAACAUCUGCUCAUAGAAGCUGUACGGUCGAAAUGUGAGUAUGCCGAGACAUUGGAGCAACUACACCGCUUCAAGGAGGCUCAGGAACUCUGUCAAGAGGUUGUAGAUAUUCUCGAAAGCACACAGUCGCGGCGUCAAACCUACAUUAAUGCACUGCGAAUCAUGAGUCGCAUCUUCGCAAAGAGAGGGAUGUUCGACGAAGCUUUGCUCAAGGCACGGGCGGCGAAGGAAGCUGCUAUCGCUUUCCUCGGCACGACACAUGCAGACACGUUGGUGAUGGACUUUAAUAUCGUCGAGGUCAUGCGAUUAUCAGCAGCACAUGCUGGUACAAAUCGGGAACAGCUUGUCGAAGCCAAGAACGUCCUCAACGGCACAGUCACGCAGUUAUCAAUACUCAAGGGAGAAAACGAUCCACUUACUAUUCUCGGCAAACAGCAUCUUGUGAACGUGCUGGAUGAUUUACAGGAGUUUGACGCCUCCGUGGCCAUUAGUGAAGAUAUUGUCACAUCAAAAGAGAAGUCCUUGGGUUCUCAACAUCUGGAGACUUUUCAAGCCAAGCUUGGGUUAGCACUCUGUUUUAUGAAACGUUCUCAGUACCUAGAAGCGGAACGAAUCAUUCUGAAAGUGUUAGAUUGCACGGCCCCCACUGUCAACGCUCAUCAUCUUGGAAGACCAAAGGCAUUGCAGAUGCUGGCAACAAUUCACGAAAAGCGUGCUCAGCAGUGGCGUGAACGUUCUAAAUUAGCAGAGCUUUCUAAAGACGGCGAGCCUGAACGGCAGUCUACCGGUAAGUCGCGUGCUGGCCCAGGUACAGCAGUGUUGUCGCCACCAAGUAAAGACUUCGACUUCGAAAAGGCCGCCCUCGAUGCCUACACUACAGCUCUACGUCUUAAGAUAGAAGCAUCUUUAUACUUGGAAGCAGCCCCUGGCAUCGAACAUCCCUACACCCUUGAACAUAUAAUAGACACAUCACGUACCUGCAUGCAGCUCUUCCUGACCAAAAGCGGCGAAUACUCAAACAGCAUAGACAAUGCUGAACGAAUGCAGCGGGAUGUGCUUGGUGUUCAACAAGAUGUUUUUGGCAAGGACCAUGAGGACACAAUGACGACGAAAGGUCUCCUUGUUGUGACUUUGUACGAAAAGCUAAGUCAAGAAGAUACUAAAGAUGCGACCACCAGUAAGAGUGAGAAGAGCAACUCUACUGCAGCUCAAAAGCGUGAAGUUGACCGGAACAAACUUGUCGGAGAAGCAGAAAGCCUUGCAUUAGAAGUUUACAGACAUCGAAUCAAGCGGCAUGGCAAAUUGCACCGCGACACUCUUGGCAUGCAGCAGAUACUAGCUGAAAUCAUGUACAAGCAACCCAAGGCACAAAACGCCGCUAUCAAGUUAAUAUAUAAGUGUCAUCAAUCUUCGGUUACAGCCUUUGGUGAUGAAGAUGAGGAAACGAAGAACCGCUUAGAGAUGUGCCUGGCUUGGAAAGUGGUCAAUGACUCUCUAGCUACACCUUCGACACACACUUCCACCUGGCGGAUGCUGGAGAAUGAUUACAAUAUGCGAAGACCUGUGGCAUACAAUACCAUGAAGAGUACAGCGCCUAUCUCAGCUCCAAUAAGCUCACGUAGCCGUGUCCCAGACCUCAAUGAGGUGCUCAACAACGUGUCCAGCACUCCUUAUAUUGGUAUUGCUUGCCCUCCUACUCCUUACCAGACCUUGAGAGUUGUGAGAGGCUUUCAUCCGGCGAAAGAUUGA